UUUCUUUAUAUAGAUUCAAAAUAUUCCAAUUUCCUCGACCAAAGCAAUCUCUCACUUCCUCUUCAAUUAACGAAUAAAAGGAAAAAAAAAAAAGAAAGAAGAAAAGAACCCUAACGGACCUCCCAUUUUCAAAUUUCUCAAUUGAGUCUCAUCGCAUUAGAGCUGUAGAAAUUGCCGCAAGUUCGCUCAAGCUGACUUUUUCGGUCGCUUGAAAGGAUUACAAUAUUUAGUGUAGUGGUUGAGCAUUACUGCUUAGAUUGAGAAAUGACGGAUACAGAUCAAGAGAGAGACAGAAACAAGGAAACAGCUUUUUAUAAGUUUACUCAGCAAACACUUCCAGCUUGCAAACCUGUCCUGACACCAGCAUGGGUUAUUACAAUAUUUUUGUUUACGGGUUGCAUUUUCAUUCCUGUUGGCCUUGUUACCCUGCGUGCUUCUCGUAGUGUUGUUGAAAUUGUGGACCGAUAUGAUGCUGAAUGUGUUCCUGAGUCAUUUAGAAUUGAUAAAGUUUCAUAUGUCCAGGAUGACUCGAUUCCGAAGAACUGUUCUCGUUUCUUGAAGGUGCACAAGUACAUGAAAGCUCCGAUUUACAUUUACUAUCAGCUCGAUAAUUAUUACCAGAACCAUCGACGGUAUGUCAAAAGUAGAAGUGAUCAGCAACUCUUACAUGGACGGAAGUAUCAUGGCACAAGUUCCUGUCAACCUGUAGAGUUCAACAAUGAUCAUGCUAUUGUUCCUUGCGGGUUGGUAGCAUGGAGUUUAUUUAAUGAUACAUUUAAAUUUAUUCGUGAGAGAGCAGAACUCAAGGUCAACAGAAAGAACAUUGCCUGGAAAAGUGACCGGGAUCACAAGUUUGGAAAGAAAGUAUAUCCUUACAAUUUCCAGAAUGGAACCUUGAUUGGUGGUGGAAAGCUGAAUCCAAGAAUUCCUCUAAGCGAUCAGGAGGAUCUUAUCGUAUGGAUGCGUAUAUCUGCUCUCCCUAGCUUCCGAAAAUUGUAUGGGAGAAUUGAAGAGGAUUUGGAUGUGGAUGAUGUUGUAGUGGUCCACCUAAUGAACAAUUACAACACGUACAGUUUUAGUGGUAAAAAGAAGCUUGUACUUUCAACAUCAAGCUGGUUGGGGGGAAAGAAUGACUUCCUUGGUCUUGCCUAUGUCUUUGUUGGUUCUUCUUCUCUUAUCCUCGCCCUUGUCUUCAUGCUGCUACAUCUAAGAUAUCGAAGGUAAAAGUUCAAAGGCCUUACGGGGACACGAUUUAUUUACCUUGGAACAGGAAAAGCCUUUCAGUGUGAUUCCAGGGAUGAGAUACAUCUUACAUAUUGAACUUCCAAAACAGUAAGUGAUUUCAAACUGUAAUUCGGAAAAACAGUUGGCAAUUCCCUUUGUGACUAGUUAGGAACAAGGGCAAGAGAAAAAUUUGAAUGUCUUUCAGCUGGCUGUACAUGUUAAUAGCUUGACAAAAGAAACACUAUCAGGCCAGUGCUGUACGUGACAAAUCAAUGUGAAAUAGAUACCCUCUGAAUUUUCCUUUA